UUCAGAGAUCUCGCGAGACUUUAUUUUUUCAGCCCAGGUUCAUGGAUGCCUACUAGGGUAAUUACAAGAAUAUCGCGAGAACUUUACCUGAACUUUCUUACACGGCCUUUAGAAAUGCCUGAAAUUUGAAAACAUUCCAUCCUGGUUUCCUGUUACUCCUAAUGAGAUACCGCACCCCGCGGGGCCGCUUCGUGCACGUCCCACCUCCGCUGCCUCGCUCAGACUGGGCCAAUGACUUCGGGAAGCCCUGGUGGAAGGGGCCGAAUUACCAGGUGGGGCGGCUGUCUGCCAGGACCCGGAACAUCCGUAUUAUUAACACUCUUACGUCGCAGGAGCACACACUGAAGGUGGGGGCUCUGGAAUCAAUGUGGGAAAUCCUACACCGAUACCUCCCCUAUAAUGCACAUGCUGCCAGCUAUACGUGGAAAUAUGAUGGGAAGAAUCUGAACAUGGAUCAAAACCUGGAAGAAAAUGGGAUCCGAGACGAAGCAGAAGAGUUUGACUAUCUUAAUUUGGAUAGCACACUUCAUAUCCCUGCAGUACUGCUCUACUUCAAUGAUGACCUCACAGAGCUUUAGCAAAGGAGAUGUGCAUGUAGACAUAUUUGGGUUUGCCUCUUUCUGUGCCUUGAGGUAAAGAGGCAUGGGUCUGUAGGGCCUGGCCUAGACCUCUAUUGCCCUCUGGAAACUGGCCUAUGGUUCUUGUACCCUUCUGAAAUGUAAGGACCCUUAUCCCUAGCGCCUCUAUGAUUUGCUCAGAGAAUAUUAGUGGGGAUACUAGGAGAGAAUUAAUCCCUAUAAAUGAUAGGAAGAGACCUAGGGUAUUUCAGUUGGAUUGUGUAGAGGAGGUAGAUUUCAGGCAGAACUCUUUAAUAGUAAGAGAAAGACACAUGGGAAUGAAGGGAUGGAAGAGCUUUUUGAGAUGUUUGCAGGAAGAUGGGGUUUACAAAGACAGGAUCCAGAAAUUCCUAUCACCAACUAUGGUUGGUUGGUCAAUUCCCUUUCUAAAGGUGGUUGGCAGGAAAAGUGAAUGGCUAUCAGUCAAUUCAGGAUAGAAAUUAUGCUGAGAGUUUUAUGCAUCCUAUAGGUGAAUGAAUGCUGGUAAUGCUGUUUCACAGACAGUUCCUUAGGAGUCUAGAGAGGUUCAGUAGCACAAAAGCACAUUAGAAACCUAAGAGCCACAAUGCAAAUCCACAAGCCUGCCCAACUUUGAAAGUCAGGCUCUUUUCAGUGUAAAGGGACAUCCUCAGUAGUUUCACCCAAUGCUAACAUUUCUGAUGGCUGCUCUCAAACCAUGUUUUUGGUAUGUGAGCUUGUCCUAGGCUUGCUACACAAUGGGGAAUGUAACCUAUUGUGUUGUCAACAUUUACUCUAUUGAAGGGAGUUAAUUAGCAGAGCUCUAGGGACAGAGGCAGGGAGGCUGGAUUUCAGCCAAGCAUUAGCUACGAGGCCGCUUCUUUGUUAAUGUUACAGUAAGAUUUCUGACUGGGGGCAACAAGAUAGAUAUUUACUGACUCCAGGAAAAGCCAGAAUAGGAAAGGGCCUGUAGAUCAGGACACUGUAGUGAGGGACCCAAAAGGGGGUACUUUCUUUUUCCUUUUCUCUCACAUUUACAGAAGCAAGGAAAACAGGGUUGACUUGAAAAGAUGGUUGACUCUAAAGAGCAGGCUUGUUGGCUAGAUUUGGUUCCCUUAAUCCUUAGCAGGGGAGGGGAAUUAAGAAUAACGGAUAAAUUGAGCCAGGCAUGGUGACUUGAAUCCCAGCACUGGGGAGGCAGAGGCAGGCAGAUCUCCAGGAGUUCGAGACCCGUCAACAAAGUUAGUUCUAGGAUAGCCAGAGCUGUUACACACAGAAACCUUGGCUGGGGUGGGGGUGGGAGGUGAGGUGGUGACGACACACAGAUGGACUGAUGGACAGACCCAGAAUAAGUGAUGUUGACUUCCCUGCUGCAGCAGCAGCAGCAGCAGCAGCGGCGAACACAAAUCAAGGAAUACCUCUUCCCAGCUGUGGCCUCAGGCUCCAGUGGAGGGUAAUGUGAUUUCCAUGAGACACUGGGUGGGCUGCAUUGUUUCCUGAGGGUAACUGUGGGACCAACCCUGUUGAUUUCAGCGGUUUCUGAAUCCACUAAUGCUAAGGACUUUCACAUAGUCUCCUGCAACCUAAAAAUCCAUACAUUGUUUGGAUCAGCCAAUCACGAUGUUUAGUCGUCUCUGAAAUGACCUUAUGUGUAUUUUUUUUUGCUGUUGUUUCCAAGACAGGGUUUCUCUGUGGCUUUGGAGCCUAUCCUGGAACUGCUCUGUAGACCAGGCUGGCCUCAAACUCACAGAGAUCCGCCUGCCUCUGUCUCCAAGUGCUGGGAUUAAAGGCAUGCGCCACCACCACCUGGCAACCUUCGGUGUAUUCUUUUUUAUUCUUCUAAGUCCUAAACUAUUUGAGCACCAAAGGCAUGUUCCUCUCAUGGCAUCCUCAGGACAUGCACUUCUGGGAUGCACUUAUUUUGCCCAAACUUGUCUCUCUUCCAAAGCAUCCUUUUAUGGGGAGGCGGGGUCUUACUCUGUUGGAACUCAUAGAGAUCCACCUGCCUACUUCAGAACUUGUUAGAAACACACUCCUUUCCCUACAUGCCUAAGCUCUCAUCAAUUCUGUCCCUAAAAUCUUUGGAAUCUGUUUUUGUGUAAUAAAAUAACCUUUGUCUCAGUAUUUUUCCAUUUCGACUUCUGCCUUGACGAAUGUAAACGUUUUACUUUCUGCCUCAGAUCUUCAGUAGGGUUUUCACAAUUUUGGAAUAAAGCUCUAAAUUCAAGAAGCCUUGCAUAAGUCAGGCCCUGCCUUCCUUGCAAAUGUCCUUCCCUAGCAGUCCUCUUUGUCCCGUGACCUGUACAUCCUGGGUGGCCUUCUGAUCAUGAAGUCUCUUAUUGCAUCACUUAAAACAGAAAGUGUUCUCCCAGCUUUCCACUGCACCCUUCUACUUUCCAGUGUUCUUAUUAUCACUAUAGGAUGAUGUGAGUGGACUCCAAUGCCUGGCUGCUAGAAUGUAAGCUCGUAAGGGCAGGUCUCAUUCACUGCUGUAUUCUCAUUACUGAGCACAUAGCUGCUGCCCAAUAAAUGUGACCAAAUGAACUCAG